AUGCCUUCUAACGAACAAUCAAUCACUUUACCAACUGGGAAGUCCGUCAAAAUCUAUACGGGUCUAUUCAUUAAUAAUGAAUUCGUCGAUGCAAUUGAUGGAAAACAGUUUGAAGUGAUUAAUCCUUCAACAGGGAAACCAAUUACAACUGUUGCAGAAGCGUUUGCAAACGACGUUGAUAAGGCUGUUGAUGCUGCUACAGAAGCUUUUGAUAAAGUUUGGAAAAAUGUCCAAGCGUCAGAACGUGGUCGAUUGCUUAAUAGAUUGGCCGAUUUGAUUGAACGUGACCUCGAAGAGAUCGCUGCUAUCGAAUCUCUUAACAAUGGUAAAGCUUUUUCCGUUUCUAAAACUAAUGAUAUCCCGGGUGCCAUCGAAACUUAUAGAUACUUUGCCGUUUGCGGUGCUAUUAUUCCAUGGAAUUUCCCUAUUGUAAUGCAAUCUUGGAAAUUGGCCCCAGCUCUAGCAUGUGGCAAUACUGUUGUAUUAAAAACAUCAGAAUAUACUCCAUUGAGUGGUUUAAAAGUUGCUGCUUUAAUUAAAGAAGCCGGAUUUCCAAAAGGUGUUGUAAACAUCUUAUCGGGAUACGGUCCUACGGCUGGUGCCGCUAUUGCAUCUCAUAUGAAAAUUCAUAAAAUUGGUUUUACCGGUUCUACCGUCGUUGGUAAACAAAUUCUCAAGUCAUCAGCAGAUUCCAAUUUAAAGAGUGUCUCGUUAGAAUUGGGAGGAAAAUCUCCAAACAUUAUUUUUGAUGAUGCAAAUCUGGAAGAGGCAAUUAAAUGGUCACAUAUGGGAAUAUUUUUUAAUCAUGGUCAAUGUUGUUGCGCCGGUUCACGCGUUUAUGUACAAGAUACUAUUUAUGACAAAUUUUUAGAAAAAUUUAAAGUUCUUUCUGAAAAUAUUAAAAUCGGUGAUCCUUUUAAAGGGGAUACUGAUCAAGGACCUCAAAUUUCUCAAAUUCAAUUUGAUAGAAUUAUGUCAUAUAUUGAAGCUGGAAAGAAAGAAGGCGCUAAUUUGUUAAUGGGUGGUGAAAGAUGCGGUAAAGAAGGAUACUUUAUCAAACCAACCAUCUUCACAGGCGUGAAUGAGAAGAUGUCCAUCAUGCAAGAUGAAAUCUUUGGUCCUGUGGCAGCAAUAGCGAAAUUUUCUACCGUUGAAGAAGUUAUUGAAAAGGCUCAUUUAACUAGAUAUGGUUUGGCUGCUGCAGUAUUUACUCAAGAUAUUACACGUGCUUUGCAAAUAUCUAACGAUCUAAAGGCUGGAACUGUUUGGGUUAAUUGUUACAACUUAUUUGACUCAUACACACCAUUUGGAGGGUAUAAAGAAUCAGGAAUAGGUCGUGAAGGAGGAAAAUUCGCUAUUCAACAAUAUACUCAAGUCAAGUCUGUACACGUUAAUUUGGGAAAAAAGUUGUGA